CGACUCUGCUACCAGAAUGCAACACGGAGCGGGUGAGAAUGGUCCCCCGGAGAAGGAUCAUGCCAGCUCGUCGGUGGCCCUUUCCGACUCAGAGAGCCUAUGGCCGUCGUUUGUCCCGCAUUCCAAAACCACCGAGUCCAUUCAACCGGUACCCAUGAAACACCUUCUGUCUGUCCACCAUGUUCUUCAAUUUUACAUCCAUCAUCCUGGACCCCUCGGGCCCUUGGGGACCAAAAAUGUGACUGACAAACGCCCCUUGGACUUGAGCUCGAAGCAAGCUUCCCGGUAAAAGCUCCAUUGCUGGGCAGACGCUUAUGCUCAAGCCACUUGGACGUCCGAUUCGUACCUGUUCGACCCUGCUGGCGUCGACGGACAACAUGAAACACUGGUGCCCGCCAGCCCCCAACCAACCAUCCAGCUUCAGCUCAAAGGUCAUCCACCUUUGAGUUCCGCCCUGCGAAGCAUGUCCCUUGCUGGGCCUGAGCGCCUGUGUGCCCUGAAAAAGCAUCUGUGCUUCCAUCUUUUGCGGGGAUCAUACUGGUUCGAACCCAAAAAUACCCCUGAGGGCUGCAUUGCGCGGAUUCCUCAUAUUCCUUGCUUCAGGCAACCAUCGAAUAACAGGCCAGUGGCGUGCGCAUUUCUUAUGCCACUAUUAAUACUGGAUCCUUAUAUCACGCUGAAAAGCGCCUACGAACCAGGUUUUCUACUGUUUUGGGCCCCGAGUAGAAUCGCUGCUGAUAGUCACGUGGAUUGCUCACAACAUUGGCCAACCGCCGAGCAGGUAUCUUUUCGGGCACAUUUAUUUCAGUCAACAAGCUGGCUGGAUGGACCAAGAUGACGGCGAUGCUACUGUGGAGGAAUUGUGGCAGCCUUGGGCUGUGACCAGAAAGUGCCAAUAUUGGAGACUUUGAACGCUAAGCCGUCGAAGACUGUUCACCAGCGCAGUCGACCUUUUGGGCUUCGCAGAGGUCACACCACAGUUGAUCCUUGACCCUCACGAAUGAAUGGC